AUGCCGGUCGUGCACAAGCAUGGCCCGUGCUCGCCGCUGGCCGACAAGAAUGGGGAGGUGCCGUCGUCCCACACGGAGAUCCUCGCUGCGGACCACCGUCGCGUCCAGUACAUCCACCGCCAUUUGGCCGAGACCACCGUCGGAUCACUAGCGGAGCGGAAGCAGAGCGAGGAGCCACCGUCCCAGCUUGUGCCCGGCCCGCCGCCGUCGUCGUCCGGAUCAGUGUCACCCUCCGCCAUGCCGUCGAACCAGUCGUCGUUGUCAUCGUCGUCGUCAGGGGGCGCUCUGUACACAGGCUUCUAUGUGGUGCCCAUCGGCCUCGGCACGCCGGCGCAGUGGUACACGGUGGCGCUGGACACCGGCAGCGACAUGACGUGGGUGCAGUGCCGGCCGUGCUUCUACUGCCACAAGCAGAAGGAGCCGAUCUUCCGCCCGGCCAACUCGUCCACCUACGCCAACAUCCCCUGCGAGUCGCCCUACUGCUCCGACCUCGACACCAAAGUCUGCUCCCCCGGCCACAACUGCGCCUACAGCCUUAACUAUACUGACUACUCCUACACCAGGGGCACCUACGGCCAUGACGACCUCACCCUACGCACCGACACCAUCAAGGACUUCCGGUUCGGGUGCAGUCACAGUAUCUGGGGGCUGUUCGGGCAGUCGGCGGGGGUGAUAGGUCUCGGCCGCGGCAGGACGUCUCUGAUGGUGCAAGCGGGGGGCAAGUACGGCGGCGUGUUCGCGUACUGCCUCCCGGCGGAUCCAACCGGGACAGGGUUCCUGGACUUCGGGCCAGGCGCCGCCACCAUGAUGGCGGCUGCGAAGGCACGCCUGACGCCGAUGCUCACAUACAAGGGGCCGAGGUACUACUACGUGGGCAUGACGGGCAUCAAGGUGGGCGGCCAUCUGCUGCCCAUCAGCCGCUCUGUCUUCUCCACCGCUGGCACGCUCGUCGACUCCGGCACGGUGAUCACGCGGCUCCCUCCCUCAGCGUACAGGCUGCUGAGGUCGGCGUUCGCCAAGGACAUGGCGGUUCUAGGGUACCAGGAGGCCCCCGGGUUCGCGUUCUUAGACACGUGCUUCAACCUGACGGGGCUCCAGGGGAUCUUGCCGCUGCCCACGGUGUCGCUGGUGUUCCACGGCGGCGCGAGCUUGGAUGUGGACGCAACGGGGAUCCUGUACGUGGCCAACGUCUCGCGUUCGUGCCUGGCGUUCGCGGCCAACGGCAAGGACACCGACGUGGCCGUCAUAGGGAGCACGCAGCAGAAGACGUACAACAUCAUGUACGACAUUGGCAAGAAGGUCGUCGGCUUCACCCCCGGAGCUUGCUGA